CACACAAGCACACACACUAAAAGAAGUCAGGCGCACGUUGCUGCAGUGGUUUCGGUCAGAGGACCAGUACGGAGUGUCAAGUGCUCCUUUGAGCAGAGGAUUAGCAGAACUCUCUGCUUGUCCGGUACAUAGAAAUGGAGGAAAAUUCACCGGCUGCAGCUUCAGACCUGACUGACAAGCAACCAGGAGAGAAGCAGGCACUUCUAAAGGCCUAUAAGUGGUUUACAGGCCCCAAACAGAAUGCCAAGAGGUGCAAGGAGGACGAGGAGCAGGCAGCUAUGGAGAAGGAGGGGGCAGUUGAUGGGACCCUCAAGGAGAAUGCCCAAGGUGCAGUGCCUCCAUUGCAUGAGAGUCCUGGAGAGAUAUCACCAAGCCCCGAGGAGACAGGAAGUACAGAGCAAGACCAAAUAUCCCAGGAUGAUGCUGUGAAUACAGGAAGCAAGAAGGACCCUCUCUCCAAAAGAUCUAACCAGCAGUGCAAGCAGACAGAGCCAUCUAAGUUGACAAGAGGUCCAGGCCGGAACCUGCGCAAGGUGAAGUCAGAUUCCGCAGAGAGGAUCCGGAAUUUCUUGACUUCAGUUUCCAACCGGCUAUCCAGGAAACGUUCCCUGCAGGAACCAGUGCAGGAACCACCCUCUCAAGAUGAUGCUGACGCAGGGGCUGAGGGUUCGAGUCAGUCUCCCCCUAUAACGUUGGUGCCUUCAGCUAGAGUACCGGUCUGGGACGUCAGUAACUGCACGCUGGUCGACGGUCAGCUCCUUUUGAUGUCACGGGAUGACGAGAGUGGCUACAGAUCACGGCUCCGUACGGGUAGUUCAAUGUCUGAGGUCAGCCUCACCCCGUCACACAACUGGGAUCAAACAUCUGCAAAAAAGACCCCUCCUGGUGUGAGGAAGUCAGAAAGGAUUGGAACUUCCAGUGAGGGUCCUGUGAACAACGUAAAGAAUCUGAUCAAGAAAAGAUGGAAGAAGAGAAGUCGGAGUCAACCGGAACCGCUAGAUUCUCCGCAGGGCAAGAGCAUCAGGCGUCAGAGCAUCCAAAAGUUGGGAGAGGCUGUAUCCUACGAGUCACUGACGGGAUCCUUGUGCCCAAUAGAAACCCUCGAUCUGACUAAUGAGACCAAUGUCAUCAUCAGGCCACUGCACAGCAGCAUUCUGGGAGAGAAGCAUUGCUUUGAGGUUAUCAACUCCAGGGGGAGCCGCUGCUUUGGCUGUGCGUCGGCUGCAGAGAGAGACAAGUGGAUGGAGAAUCUCCUUCGGACGGUCCAGCCCAACAAGGACAACUGCGAGAGAGUGGAGAACAUGCUGAGCCUGUGGGUGAACGAAGUUAAAGACCUGACACCCAGGAAGAAGUACUUUUGUGAAAUGCAUCUCGAUGGCUCCCUCUACGCCCGUACCACAAGCAAGCUUAAUGCCGAGGAGCUGUUCUGGGGGGAGCACUUCGAGUUCAACAACCUCCCCCCCAUCAGGGAAGUCACCCUGCACCUCUUCAGGGAUGAGGAUAAGAAGAGAAAGGAGAUGAGUGCCCUCGGCUCCGUCACCAUCCCGCUCGCAGAGGUCACGGGCCGCCAGCACGUGGAGAAGUGGCACAGCAUCAAUAUCCAGACCCUUAACAAGGGUAAGGUGGUCAUGCCAACAAUUAGGCUCAGCCUGCGUUACCAGAACAUCAAGGUCUUGCCCAUGGUACUUUACAAGGAGUUUGCGGAGUACCUGAUCUGUAAACAUACCACUCUGUGCACUGUGCUGGAGCCAGACCUGAAGGUGAAGGAGAAGGAAGAAAUGGCCUCAGCAUUGGUUCAUGUCCUACAAAGCGUUGGCAAAGCCAAGGAAUUCCUUAUUAAGUCGGGGAUUGCGGAGGUUGACCGCUGUGAGGAAAACCACUCCGUUCUCUUCAGAGAAAAUACCUUGACUACCAAAGCUAUCGAUGAGUACAUGAAGCUGGUGGGACAGAAGUACCUGGUGGAAACACUUGGGGACUUUGUGAUAAGGCUGUAUAAUUCUGAGGAAAAUUAUGAAGUUGAUCCAAACAAAUGCCCAGCUAAUGAAGCACUGGAAAACCAACCCAAUAUGAGGGAAAGCUGUGAAGAAGCAUUCAGGCAAAUAAUGGAUUCCCAAUGUGUGUUUCCCGAUGAGCUGAGGCAGAUAUUUGCGGCUUGGCAACAGGAGUGCGUCAACCGAGGGAAGACGGACAUCGGCCAACGGAUGAUCUGCGCCUCACUGUUUCUGCGAUUCCUUUGUCCGGCAAUCAUGUCCCCCAGCCUCUUCAACCUGACCCAGGAGUACCCCAACGACAGCACCGCGCGGACCCUCACCCUCAUCGCCAAGGUCAUUCAGAAUCUGGCCAACUUCACCACGUUCGAAGACAAGGAAGGUUACAUGACCUUCAUGGAUGACUUCCUGACGUCAAACUGGGAGAACAUGAAGAUCUUCCUGACAAGCAUUUCCAACUCGGAGCCUAACAUGAAUCCUGUAGAGUUUGAAGGCUGUAUCGACCUCGGGCUGGAACUGUCCAUCCUGCACUCUCUUCUCUGUGACUCUGUGUCUCGCUUAGACCAGAACAAAAUGGACAGACUGCAGCCUCUCCCCACCAUCCUCAGCAGGAUUUCCCACUUAAUGGAGAACCCAAACGCACCGCCGAUACCUCAUCAGGAGUUCAGCUCGUACAGCCGGUUGGACAAACCGUCCUACGUGGCCCCCAAGGACGUCGACCAGGUCAGCGCAUCUCUGUUGAGCCUGCCGAAGCCUUUGGUGGACGAGCCGCAGCUGGCCCACAGCAGGUUGCCAAGUAACAGUGCGGCCACGGUGAAGCGCACCCAGAGCGCGCCGGCUCGGAAGAGACCCAGCCUGGCGCAGAAGUCGCCAAUCGGCCAGCUCAGUUUGGACAAGGGAGACUGUGCGGACCAGGACACCAUCACUGGCCUGCCAGGCCGAGAGUACAGCACCUUAACCAGGAUGCCGGCGUCUGGCAGGCACUCUCUGAGGUCGCCACCCUCUCGCACACACCCCAGGCCCUAUCCGAAGAUGCAGACCCACCACCCUCGCCAAAUGCUGUUUGAUUCAUUCAGGAAGUCCCAAGUUCCUUGGGAACGCAACACAGGAAAUGAGAAGUGGUCUUCGCAGAGAGAAUCAGAAAGUCAAGGCAACAAACCUUUUGAGAAGCACGAACAAGACAUUGCCAGUCUCCAGGAGAUGGUGGGGGUGAUGGGCCAGGAGAUAAAGGACCUUAAAGCCAGCCUGACAGAACAGGUCGAGCAAACGCUUCAACAGAGUGAGGAGAAGCAGAAAAAGGAACUGGAAGAAAGGGACAAAUUGAUAACCAAUCUCACUAACAGGCUUGAGUCAAUUGAAGAAGAAAGGAAGAAGGAUGCUGAAAAGUUGGAAAUCGUGGCCCAGAGCCAACAGAAGAUUGAGAGUUUGGAGGCUCGCCUGCUUUCAAUGGAGCAACAGUAUACAGAGUUACUGAACACCGUUGGCAAGAUCAUGGACAACCAGCAGCUAGCAGCCCCCAGCCAAGUUGCUCCUGCAGAUACCUCAGUCAAGACCCCUCCUAACAACAGUCUUGCUUCUCCUCCUGGUCCCAACACACAAACAGAUCAUGUUGAACCUCAAAUAGUGGAGAAUGGCCAAGUCAAGAAUGGCAGUGUUUAAGAACUUUGUUUAACACCUGGACUGUGGUUUCACUCUUUGGGAAAGGACAUGUGAAAUUUCAAAGUAACAAAAAUAUCACAUGCAUUCACAAUUUUUCUUGAUUACAUAUCCAAGUUUAUUAUCAUAGGCAUACAGUACAUACCAAGGGUAUACUAUGUGUUUUCAUUGUGUAUGAAGUUCAAGCCUCAGAUAAAGCCAUUAUUAAUCUUAUGGGCCAUUGUAGUUGAGGGGUAGACAAUGAUUGUCAGAGUUUAAAAAUGUGAACCUAAUUUGGAGUUCAGCAGACACAAAGUCCUGUAAUGCAUACAUCACAGAAAUGGGUCAUGUCACUGGAAGACUGUAUUCCAGCUCUAUCUACCACCAUUCUCACAUCGAAACCAUUGCACCUUCAAAAGUCUGGUUCACAUUGAAUUCGGAAUAUAAUGUAUCAUAUUUAUCGACAUAUUAGUAUGCCAUCUGACACCAUUUCAGCUGGGCUCUGUAUAGGUCACACCCCUCAACUCCAAAAUUCUUAUCACACAAGUCUUUGAAACUUUCAGUCAUACUGUGACCAAAUUAGACUGAAAACACAUUGGAGGUUGCAAAUAAUGUGGUAUGUUUUGCCUUAAAUAGAGUGCUUUAAAAAAUAAACUGGUUCUCGGAACAGUUGUAACUCACCUAUGACUUGUCCCUUCUUGAACCACAGUAGUCCAUCUGGUAAAGUGCUGCCACAGCAUCACUAACUGAUUAUAUUCUCUGUAUUAAAUUAGUAGCAAUACAGGAAUAUCAAAAUGUGUCAAAGAUAUAGUGGUAUGCAGUUUAAAAGCAAAACUUGGAAGGAAUGUAAUUUUGGAAAAGAAUAUUAUUUUAUAAACAGUUUCAAUAUAAGAUUUCUAUAUUUUUGUAUAAUAUUUUUCUCAAUGGGUGAUUGAAAAUGUCAAACUUUACUGGAAUAGAAAGCAUAUUUGGAUUAGCAAGGUUGUGCGUGUUGGUUCUUGAUUGGUAUAGGUAUGAUGAGCAGGAGUUUGUGUUGGUGUGUGGCCUAGUGGAUAAGGCAUCGGUCUAGUGAUCUGAAGAUCACUGGUUCGAGCCUCAGCUGAGGCAGCAUGUUGUGUCCUUGAGCAAGGUAAUUAACCACACAUUGCUCUGCGACAACACCGGUGCCAAGCUGCUUGGGUCCUAGUGCCCUUCCCUUGGACAACAUCGGUGGUGUGGAGAGGGGAAGGCUUGCAACAUGGGCAACUGCCGGUCUCUCAAACAACCCUGCCCAAGCCUGUGCCCUUCCAAGGCACAAAUCCAUGGUCUCACGUGACUAACAGAUGCUUAUUUUUUUUUGAUGAGCAGGACCUAUCUUGUUCAUUUUACAAUUUUAUUUAAGAAAAUUCUGAAAAUUCUUCACUCCCUAAGUUGUCACGCAGGAAGAAUAGUAGUUCAGAUUCAGCAAAUCUAAAUUUUGAUUUUUCCAAAUGCUUUGCAGAUGAAAUUUUAAAAAUUAACAACAAAUUAUUAAAUAUUAAAGUGGGGUGAAACAUUUAAAGUCUUAUAGGUAAAACAAGGGAUGAAGAGGUUGGAAAGGGCAUUCUGGAGUUUAGGACUUCAACAGUUGAGGGAAUGUCUGCCGGAGGCUUUGCUAGAGAAAUUAGGGAGGUCAGAGCUUCAGAGAAGACGGAGGGAUACAAGACUAGGGAGCAUGCAGAGACAUUGAGAGCCUUUCAGGGAUGUGAAAACCUGAUUAAAACAGAUAGGAAAUUGACUUAUGUUGGUGAACAAGGGGAUGUUAAAUGAUUGUCAGUCAACGAAUGCCUGAUAAAACUAGCAAAGCUUCAAAUUUUAAUAAGUUUACAGAGAUAGGAUGAGGGAGUGUGGCCGAUUAGUUGAAUCUGGCAAGGAUACGAGUUUCAGCGAAAGACGGUUAUGGUAUGGAGGGAAAUAUGCAGCGCCAACCAGAGGAAGUAUGUGGAACCAAGUUCAUUUGUGAACUUGAUGCUGCCUCAUGAACCAUUCCUUACAGUUUCACUAGUUGAUUCAAUUUUUAUUCAGAUUCAGGUUUCCAAACUAUCACUCAUUGACUUAUUUAUUUUUAAUGUGUGUACUUUUUUUGUCAACCUUGAGUAACUAUUAUAUGCAAAUGGUACACAGAUUCAAAUGACAAAUUGCAAUGGAUAUCUUCAGAGAUGAUGAGAGAAAUGUGGCCUACAUUUUGUGAUAUUAUUUGGCCUGUCAAUCAUUUUAUGGAGCAAUGAUAAGUGAGCCACCAUUUUGUGAUGUAAUAAAGUAGAAUUGUAUUUUGUAAGGUGGCACAUGGCCACCAUUUUGUGAGGUGGCUAAGCAUUGUUUUCUGAGAGUGAAUCAGCACAGAAAACAGUGUAUUUUGCCAAUCUUCAAACAUUUCUGACAGCCGCAUAGCUACUCAAACAAAUAAUGCAAUAUAUUAAUUCAACUUCUGCAAAUGCUGUUCAAUUAAUGUAAUCUACGGUAAUAAAUGGACAAUAAUGUAGACAUUGUCAAAUGCCUGAA